AUGUCUUCCAACCUGAAGAUCGAUAGUAGCAUAAGAGUGAUCGACGAGCAAUCGGCGGAUUUCGAUCAGGACUCCCCCGUUCUCUCAUUCAAGAAGCAGCCGAUAAAAACAAGAACUGCUUCUUGUAGCACCAUCUCUAAUCUGACCCCCGAUUUCAACAGUUAUCACUUGACUCUGAAGGGCUCGUUCAGGGACAGCAGCGAGGUGAGCUCAACACAGGACAAAACUCAGCCCGCUCAAACUGACAACAACCCAGAUGAUUUGGACUACGACGCAAAGAUACGUGCCCCUAAGAUGAGCUCGCAAUCGCUUUUCAAGUCAAACCCAAUCAAGAUUGCUCAGCAUGAACCUUUUCAAUGCUGUGACAUCAGCCAGAAUAGCAAAGACCAGGCCACCAAACCAGGCUCAGUCGAAACAUCACAGACCGAUAAUAAAGAAUUUAGCCGCAACACGUCCAACUUAUCGAACGACUCUCUCACCUCCGCAGAGACGAAGGUGGCCGAAGAAGUUACGGACAAAACAAACUCUACAUUUACUCCAGCAACCUUUGAUAUUAAUCAACCUUUGCGACGUCACUCGAUCGAUGAGAUAUCCUCUGAUCUGUCUAAUACGUUGCCAGGGUUCUCUACGAAUGCAUCCUACUCAAGGCUGGACAACCUACAAAACGCUCAGAAUGGUAACAACCCAAUGAGCUUCUCCAAUAGGGGUAGCCGCAACGGUAUUAGCGGCCCCAUACGCCAGAUUAACGAACCAAAAACUCCUAAUUACGUCCCUGCUGUGCUUCGUCCUUCCAGCUCCCAUUCGUUGGUUGUGGGCAACACACCGCAGUUUCAACUGGGUUCGUCUUCUCCAUUGCCAGACGAGGAGGAUGACAACUCAUCUUACGACGACGACAAGCUCUACCAUUAUUCCUCCAGCGAAAAUCAUGCCAAUGCAGCCCGUUUCCCCUACACGAUGGUCCCAAUCAAGUCUCACUGGUUGCAAAACAACAAAAGAUCAUCGUGCAUGGAUUGCCAAGUGAAGUUUUCAUUAUUGUUCAGAAGACAUCACUGCAGACAUUGUGGUGAUAUCUUCUGUUCCAAUUGUCUAACACAACGAGCUUCGUUGAACUUGAUGGCAAAAUUCGACCUGGUUCAUGGAAUGAAGUCGAAGGUUUGCAAUGGAUGUGCCAAAUCUUGGAACCAAUAUCUCGUCAAACAGUACAAUAACAAUGUUGGAUCAUCUGUCUCCAAAUUACAGGUCAAACAGACAGUUCCUGAUGAAGAUCCCCAGAGGGAAAGGAUGGGUUCCAUAGUUCCAUCGGAUUGGACUUGGAGCUCUUUCUAG